CAGCGUUCUUCGGCCCGCUUCACACUUUCUGCGAGCGGGAAUACGAAAUUAGCCGCGGACACCCACGAAAUCCGAGCCCCCGCAGCCCCACUCCCCUUGCUUCCUCUCACCAGACCCAGACCCCCAAACCCCACCGCCGGCCCGCCCCGGCGGAGUCCUUUCGACCCGCGGCGGCCGGCGAUGGACCGGAUCCACGUCACCGUGCGCGCGCGGCCGCUCCAUCCGGAGGACGCGCAGAGCAGCCCGUGGCGGAUCUCCGGAAACACCGUCGCGCUCACCGCCCAGCCCUCUAUUCGCUUCGAGUUCGACAGGAUUUUCGGCGAGGACUGCCACACGGCCGACAUCUACGGGGCCCGCACCAAGCACAUCGUCGACUCUGCCGUGCAAGGGUUCAACGGCACUGUUUUUGCAUAUGGACAAACUAACAGUGGAAAGACCUAUACAAUGAGAGGAUCGGCUAAUGAACCUGGAAUAAUACCGCUUGCGAUUCAAGAUUUAUUUAGAAGUAUACAGCAGCAUAUGGAUAGAGAGUUUCUUGUCCGCAUGUCUUAUAUGGAGAUUUAUAAUGAAGAAAUAAAUGAUCUUCUUGUCCCAGAACAUCGAAAAUUGCAGAUUCAUGAGAAUUACGAGAGAGGCAUAUAUGUUGCUGGCUUAAGCGAGGAAAUUGUGACGUAUCCUGAACAAGUUUUAAAUUUUGUGUCGUUUGGAGAAUCCCACCGUCAUAUUGGGGAGACAAAUAUGAAUGUCUACAGCAGCCGUUCUCAUACCAUAUUUCGCAUGGUUAUUGAGAGUCGAGAUAAAGCUGAUGACAGUGACACAGGAGAUUCUUGUGAUGCUGUUCGAGUUUCUGUUCUGAAUCUGGUAGACUUAGCUGGUUCAGAACGUGCUGCAAAGACCGGUGCAGAAGGUGUGAGACUUAAGGAGGGUUCCCACAUUAACAAAAGUCUAAUGACUCUUGGAACAGUAAUCAAGAAACUAAGUGAAGGCAUAAAGGGCCAGGGGGGGCACGUUCCUUACCGAGAUAGUAAGUUGACAAGGAUAUUGCAACCUGCUCUGGGUGGAAAUGCUAACACAGCUAUUAUUUGUAAUAUAACACUUGCACAGAUCCAUGCAGAUGAGACUAAAAGCAGCUUGCAAUUUGCUAGUAGGGCAUUACGUGUUACAAAUUGUGCAGAAAUCAAUGAGAUUUUGACGGAUGCCGCUCUUUUAAAGCGCCAAAGAAAAGAAAUCGAGGAACUUCGAGCAAAACUUAAGAACUCUCAAAGUGAACACUUGGAUGAAGAUGUUUUGCACUUGAGGAACACCCUGCUACAGAGUGAACUGGAAAAAGAGAGAAUUGCUUUAGAGUUGGAGGAGGAAAGGAAAGCUAAAGAGCAACGCGAGAAGAGGUUGCUUCAGCAAGCAAAAAAAAUCGAAAAUCUUAGUUCGUUGGUUUUAAAUUCAGAGAGAGAUGAUAGGGCCAUUGUUUCUAGUAAGAACAAAAGAAGGCAAACAUGGUGUGCUCGACCCCUGUCGAAUGAAUUCAGUGUUGAGGUUCAAGAACCUGCUGAACAAGGCUCUUCAAGCAGCUCGGUUCGUGACGAGCGUAACAUGGCGAUGCCCCCACGUUUUGAAGAGCUAAUGCAAGAAAACUAUGCCAGCAAUGGCGAGCCUUCUGCUCAUGGUUGUUCAUUCACUGAUCUAUCGAAUGAAGUUGUUUCUCUUCCUGAUGCACAUGCUUUGUGGCAUGUUACCAGCAGAAGAAAGCCAAGUACAAUGAAGAAAUCAGAUCAAGAGCAACUUAGGGGGGCAGUGCCUGAACUACCCCAAGACCCUAAUGAGUGGAAAGAUGCCAUGCUAAGUCAAGAACCUAGUGGCUUAUCUGCACGAGAGUCCGAGGCAAUUCUUGUCAUUAAACAGCUUCAAGACCAGGUAAACUCGCUGGAGUUAGAGAAGAGUUUGAUUCAAAAUAAUUUGGACGAUGUUCUGGAGGUGGCAACGCAGCAGAAGGCUUCUUUCAGUGAGAAGUAUGAAGAGCUUCACAAGAAUGUUCUGGCGGCACAAGAAGAAGCAAAAAUUGCUAGUGAGAAGCUAUCAGCUCUGGCUACUAUUGGAAAAUCCAAACAAGAACUAGCAGAUGAAUUCCUCAGCAAUGUGUUAAUGGAGACUCAAGGAAUAUCUGUGCAGAUGGAUCAAACAACCUACUCAGUCGACAAUGCUGUUUCCUUCAUUGAGGAACUCUUUCAGUGUCUGUCUGCGAUUGCAGAGAACGUAACUGAAUUCAAGCAGUCUGCUUACGGGCAUAUAAAACAAUCUGGUUAUGUGAUCAUGGAUCAUGAGAAAAUGUCAAAAACAUUGAUGGAGAAAAUCAGCAGACUUGAAUUGGAGAAGAAGCAUCUACACGAACAGUUCCUUAAUCAACGGGAUGAACUUCAGAGGAUGAAGUCCAGUCUGGAAAGCUGUGAGAAGGCCAAGGAUGAUUGUAUUCUUCAACAUGAACUCGAGAAGGAUAACAUUCUCUCACAGUUUCUAACUCUCCAAAGCAGUGAGAAGGCCAAGGAUGAUUGUAUUCUUCAACAUGAACUCGAGAAGGAUAACAUUCUCUCACAGUUUCUAACUCUCCAAAGCAGUGAGAAGGCCAAGGAUGAUUGUAUUCUUCAACAUGAACUCGAGAAGGAUAACAUUCUCUCACAGUUUCUAACUCUCCAAAAGGAAGUCUUGACCUUGUCAUCAUCUUCCUUGAUGAAAGAAAAGGAGUCUAUCCGAAAGGAACUUGAAAGAGUGAAAACAAAGUUAAGAGAGACUGACAACAAGCUGAAGAAUUAUGUUCAAGAAAAAAGAAAACUUGAGGGUGAAAAAGCAGAGGCACACAGAGAAAUAAAGAAGUUACAAAGCCAGAGGGCCCAUCUUGAACGUGAUUUAAGGAAACAUGAUUCUCUCACUGUUGAUAAAAGACAUGAAAUGAAUGUGAAGAAGCCAGAAGAACUUGCUGGAUUUUUUGAUCAAGCUGUGCAGUUGGAGGAGGACUACCAAAGGCUUGAGAUUCAUGCUUCUGAUAUGGAAGAUGAAAUUGCUUCUUUGCAAGAAACUUUAGCUACCUCAACUGCAGAGAAGGAAGACGCACUAUCUAAAGUGGAGUUUAUGGUGUUGGAACAGGAAGAUCUCGAAAACAGGCUUACUUCUGCAGAAUCAAAGAUAAAUUCCUUGAACGACGAGAUUGCUGUAUUGACCAAAAAACUUAAUGAAUCUGAGUCUUUUGGUAAAAAAAUGGAGGCUUCUCUCAGUUCUGUAUCAAAGGAAAAAGAAGACUUGGGAAUGCAACUUACUGAUGUUCUUCUGGAAAUGGAAUCUGAAAGAUCAAUGUGGAUAGCCAAGGAGAAAGCAUAUUUAGAAACUAAGCAGCAAUUGGAUAUAUGCACUGAUGAGAAUAGUAAAUUAUCAGAAGAUUUGAUUAAGGUGAGACAAGAUCUGGUGCAAUGUAGAGAAUUGUUGAAAACUCUUGAAGACAAAAUGAUCCUUUCUGUGGAGCAUAACAUAAAUGAGGAAAAAUGCUGCAGGGAGAAUUGUGAAGAAUCAGAACAACUCGUGGAGAAAGGAAGAGAUAUUGAUAAUGAAAAUGCCGUAGAUGAAAAUGAACUUUGCAAGCAACUACAGCUUAUUUCGGAAGAACGCGACAGCUUACUUUCUAAGACGAAACAAAUGAACUUAGUGAUCAAUGAAUUACAAGCCUUAGUGGAGGUUUAUAAUAAUGAGUUACUACAGGCCAAAGCUAAUAUGGACGAGUUGAGCUGUCAGAUAUCUACCAUGGAGGUCAAGAUGCAAAAUGAUGCCUCCACCUACAACAAAGAGAGGACAAAGCUCCGCAUGCAAAUCCGGUGGUUGCAACCAGAGCUCGACGCAAACCGUGGAAGGCUUAAAGAGGCGGUAGAAGAAAGGGCGCUGAUGGAUGGGAAGUAUCAGGAAGCAACGGCCAUGCUGAAGAGAAAACUUAGAGAGACGUGCCGUGAGGUCCUGAGGCUGAGAGACGAGCUUAAGAGGCCAGAAGCCACACCAAACUGACGCAGUAACCUCUCUUCUUCGCAGCUAGAGUACUAACCUAGUGGAACCGUUUCACAUGUCGCCAGCAGCGAACAUUGUCUCAAUGCAGGUCUGACUCUUUCAGACUAGUGCUUGAGCCGGCUUCAUUAAUUAAGUUUGCCAGAUUGUACAGGCCUGGACCGCUGGUGCCUCGUGCAACCAAUAACUUUGCCAGCGUUCCGCUCAGAAGCUGUAAUAUACUCCGUAUUUGCUAAGGUGUCUAAUGAUUUGGGCUUGGACA